UCACAGUUCGAUUCUGCAAAAAGAAGCAACGAUUUAGUUUGAUAUACGUACUCGCCCGUUCACGAUGAGAUCCACCCUCGUAUACGCAAUCCUUGCCAUGGGCGCCGGCGCAGCUACCAUUCAAAAGCGCACCGAUCCCGGUUGCCCAGACCUCAUGCCAUUUCAAGCAUCACCGCCGUGGAUUUUCUUGUGCACCGCGUAUGACCUGACAUAUGAGAACGCGUGUGACCGCGAUGGAAGGACUGAUAGAGGGUACCGCACUUGCGCGUCUAUUGGGCCGCUGGCUUCGUAAAGAGGUGGAUGGAAGCUCUGGGCUAGAGGUCCUCGGCGGGACGUGAACGCCUUCUCAGAAUGCUCGAGGAUGCGAUUG